GGUUAGUUUUGAAGAAAAAGCGAAAUGCCAGAGCGAUGGGUAGGAGCUGCUGGGUGAACCCAUACUUAAAGCAAAGAAGGGAGAAGGGGCGAUUUGCUCAGGAUGUGAGUAAUUAUAUCCAUACCUAUCCAUACCUAUUUUACCUUCAUAAAAAAAAAUUGUCUCUCCAGUUUGAUGACAUGCGAAGUUGAAGCAGGGAGUUUACGCAAAACUUCCACAUGGAAGAGGAGCAUUUUGAGGAGCUUUUCCAAAAGGUUAAGCACCGAUUGGAACCCAAAAGAUGUACCCGUCCAGAUGGAAUCAGCCCAAAACAUCGACUAGCCUACACGCUGGAAUAUCUCGCAGGAGGACCGUUUUUUGAGCGGUAUGCGGCAAGCAACUAUCGCAUAAGCAAAGCCUCAAGCUGUCAUAUUAUUCGAGAAACGUGCCAAAUCAUUUAUGAGGAGCUGGCAAAAACCGAAUUUAUGGCGUACACGAAGGAGAACUGGUCGACGGUGGCAGACGAUUUUGAGCAGAAGUGGAACAUGCCCAAUUGUCUCGGCUCAUUGGACGGGAAACACGUACGAAUCAAGUGUCCAUCAAACGCGGGCUCCUUAUACUACAACUACAAACGCUAUCAUAGCAUCAUAUUAAUGGCAGCAAGUGAUGCCAACUACCGUUUUACUUACAUCGACGUGGGGUCCCCCGGUGCUGAUGGCGAUGUAAAUGUAUUCUCCCGCACUGAGUUCGGCAAGAAUAUUUUAGAAGAUACUCCAUUAUUAGACCUACCACCAAAUGCGCCCAUCAACGGUGACGACAUGCCAUAUUUCUUCAUUGGAGAUGAUGCCUUUCCGUUAACUCCACGUAUUAUGAAGCCAUAUGGAACAGCAAACACAUUGACCAACGAUCAAAGGAUUUUUAACUACCGACUGUCGCGUGCCCGUCGGACGGUUGAAAACGCCUUCGGCAUAUUGACGAUGCGUUGGGGAUGCCUGCGAUCCGAAUUUCUCUGUACUCCGGAAAAAGUUAAAAUCAUCGUUGCUGCAUGUUGUGCGCUUCAUAAUUUCUUAUUGAACAGAGGUCCAGCAUACUCCAAGGCUGCAGAUCGUUAUGAUGAAAAGGGAAAUUUAGUUGAAGGAGAAUGGCGUACAUACCAGCAAAUGGACUCGAUCAAUGGUCAAAAACGUGGCCGGCCUCAAGAAACGGGUGCCUAUAUUCGAAGGAAAUUAACGGAAUACUUCAAAAAUAUCAACAUCUUACCGUUUCAGUAUGAACGCGCUAAUUGCAUUUGAAACGUGUCAUAUAACCAUAUCAAUUCUAAUAUUGAAAUAGAUCUACGUUGAGCUACU